CCCCUCAACGUCUCUCUAAACCCUAAUUCAUUUCGUUCUCCUCCUCCGCCCCCACUCGAACACCACGACGAAUACGACGACGACGACGGAGUCGAAUCCCCCUCGUCCUCGCAUUCCUAUUGGCGGAGUUCUUGGUCCCGUUAUUGUGAACUGAGAACAUUGGAUUCAAACAUGGAAACGGCUUCGCAAGAUGCUCCACCUCGCACAUUCUCAAUCAAACUGUGGCCUCCCAGUGAGAGCACAAGACUGAUGCUUGUGGAGAAGAUGACUAUAAACCUCUCAACCGAAUCGAUAUUUUCUAAAAAAUAUGGUCUUCUAAGCAAAGAAGAGGCAAGUGAAAAUGCUAAGCGAAUUGAAGAAGUAUGCUUUGCUUCUGCAAAUGAACAUUUUAUGAAAGAGCCUGAUGGUGAUGGGAGCUCAGCCGUCCAGCUGUAUGCAAAAGAAACCAGCAAGCUCAUGCUUGAAGUACUGAAAAGAGGCCCAAGGCUUAAAGAGGAAGCAGUUGCAGAAGCUGAUUUUGCAGAAAAGCCCCCCACUCUGGCUAAAACUACUUUUGACAUAUCUGGUGGUCGUCGGGCGUUUAUUGAUGCUGAGGAAGCAAGGGAGCUUCUAAGCCCAUUGACUGAACAAGGCAACUCGUACACUAAGAUUUGCUUCAGUAAUAGGAGCUUUGGUAUUGAUGCAGCCCGUGUGGCUGAACCCAUCCUUGCAUCAAUUAAAAACCAGCUUAUUGAAGUAGACCUUUCCGAUUUUAUUGCGGGGAGGCCCGAGGACGAAGCCCUAGAUGUCAUGCGGAUAUUCUCAUCGGCUUUGGAAGGCUGUAAAUUGAAGUACUUGAACCUCUCCGACAACGCAUUAGGAGAGAAGGGUGUGCGGGCGUUUGAAGGACUAUUGAGAUCACAGGACAGCUUGGAAGAGCUUUAUCUGAUGAACGAUGGCAUAUCCGAGGAGGCUGCGAAAGCUCUUGCCGAGCUUAUCCCAUCAACUGAGAAGCUUAAAAUCCUCCAUUUCCACAACAAUAUGACGGGAGAUGAGGGUGCUGUUGCAAUUUCUGAAGUGCUUAUGCGCUCUCCUCUACUAGAGAACUUCAGGUGCUCGUCCACUAGGGUAGGCUCAGAUGGUGGGAUUGCUUUGGCUGAAGCUUUGGAAACGUGUACGAAUUUGAAGAAGCUUGAUCUGCGUGACAACAUAUUCGGUGUGGAGGCCGGAAUAGCGCUUUCUAAAACUCUCGAAAAGCUUAGUGGGAUCACUGAGAUUUAUCUCAGCUAUCUCAAUCUUGAAGAUGACGGGACCAUAGCAAUUGCCAAUGUACUAAAGCAAUCUGCUCCGGCCCUCGAAGUCCUGGAGAUCGGUGGAAAUGAUAUCACCGCUGAAGCUGCCCCAGCAUUGGCGGAGUGUGUGGCCACAAAGAGUUUCCUAAAGAAGCUGAGCUUGUGCGAGAAUGAACUAAAGGACAGCGGUGCGAUUAUAAUUGGUAAAGCAUUGGAGAGUAAUGCGCAACUCAAGGAGCUUGACAUGAGCGCAAAUAUGAUAAGGAGGGCCGGGGCACGGUGUUUGGCCCAGGCGGUCGCGAAUAAGCCCGCGUUUGUUCUUUUGAAUAUUGAUGGAAAUGCCAUCUCCGACGAAGGAAUAGAUGAAGUAAAGGAGAUUCUGAAGGCGGGGAAGAACUCUGUGGAUGUUCUCGGGCCGUUGGACGAGAAUGAUGCUGAAGGGGAGGGCGAGGAGGGGGAAGAGGAGGAAGAAGGGGAUGAGAGCGAAUUGGAGUCGAAACUUGAGCAUCUCAAGGUUGAAGAGGACUAAUGGACUAAUUGCGAGUCGAGUUCUUGUUUGUUUUUCUCUUUCUCAAGUUCACAUGAUUUGUACUCGAACUCAUUGUAGAAUUUUAUCUUUUAUAUCUGAUUAACUGCACCGCCGCACUUUCUGGCUCUGUUAUUUGUUGAGCUGAGUCGAGCUCUUUGGUGUAGCUUUGGCAACCUAUGCUUGUACUAUCAGUAUCUUUGCUUCUAAUAGUUAGCUAGUUGGGACUGAUGCAUCGAA